UCCCUCACCCCUCAAUUUCCACCCAUCACAGCCUCAAAAGUCCAAGUCUCAAUUUUCUUUCUCUCUCUUUUUCUCUGAGAAAAUAAUAAUGGAGGGUCUUAUUCCUUUCGUGUACAGAGCCAUAAUGCAAUACAAAAACGGCAACGAAGGACCACUAGGUUCAUGGCUGAACGAUUCACCUUCAUCUUCCUACAUGCGACUUCCAGGCGAUUCAGGCCGUUUUCAGGCGUCGGAGAUACUACUUUUUGGAUCGGAUUAUGGCUUCUCCACCACUACUUCAACAUCUUCCGCUUCUACUACUCAAAUUCUUGUAUCCACCGGAGCUCAAUCCCCACUCUGCCGGUUGACUUCUCGGCGCAUGGCUGCAUGAUCAUCACGUAUGAGUGAAGAAGAAAUUAAACAGAAGGUGGCGUGAGAACUCUGUGUAUAAUAUACGUAGUAAGUUUAUGAUUUUCAUGAGCUUUAUAUUUGAAGGUUGAUUAAUAAGCGUGUGAAGAGCCGAAGGGCUAUGCAUGCUUGUGUGGAUUAUGUGAAUUAGCGUGGAAGAAAAGAAGCAUGUGGAAGACCAAAGGGGAACGCAUGCUUUUAUAUUUGUAGUUACAAUAAUUUGAUAAAAAUCGUCAAUGUAAUAGAAAAAGUUAAGCUUAGAUUUGUGUAAAUACUGAUUUGUAAGUAAUGUUUGAGAAAAUUAAUGUUUAUUUCUCAAAAAAUUGGAAGAAGAAGAAGAAAUUAAUGAUGUUUAUGCAUGUUUCUUGGCAAGAAA